CAUUGCGCGUGUGCUAACUUUAUCUCAUGCCGCGCAGAUAGGCUACUACUGUAUUUUUACCAUUUUUCUUUCACCUCAUAUUUGGUGUCAAAUGCUGAUACUAUGUGGGAAUGCAUAAAGAUCUGAUGCUGAUGCACGCGUGAGCUGCACCUCUCAGCUUGACAGUGUCAAGCCAAAGACCCUCACAGCAUGUCGGAGGUGCUGGGACAGAGGUGUUUGGUGGUCUUGGGUGUGCUCUUGGCUUGGCUGGUGCUUUUUCAUCUGCUUGUUAAUAUCUGGCUGCUCUGCAUGUUCACGAGCCUGCUGGUGGUACUCGGGGGGUGGCUCGGCUCCCAGGCGGUCUUGGAAUCCAACAGUGUGAUUCACCUGGAGAGGUUCAUCACACUGCACCAGAUUCCUUCCUCUCUGGAGGAUGAGCAUGACUUGGAUCAGGAAAUCCACAAUACUGUGAGGAAAAUCAUCAGGGACUUUGUUACCUCCUGGUACUCGACUGUGUCCUCUGAGAGGGCCUUUCAAAAGGAGGUUCAGGAGGCCAUGAUGUCCAUGGGCAUGGAGCUGAAGAUGCGUGCAAAGCAGGUGGACAGACAGAGACUGACCCAGAGGAUCUUGGAGCUGUUUGGUUGUCAUCUGCAGGACUACCUCAGAGCCAAGGAGCUGGUUGUCCAGCAGCAGGUGUCUCCCAAAAGGAGCCAUGAGAGCAAGAAAUUGUGGCUGGCGUACUCUGGGGUUACCACACCUCACUUUGUCAUGACCGGUGAGACGGCAGAAGUCAAUUACACAAGAGCACUGGUGGACUUACUGCUGCAUGUUUUAGUGCCUCGGCCUUACUUGGAAACACGCACUGGACAAUUUGUUGUUGGAGAGCUCAUCACCUGCAACGUCCUGCUCCCUCUUUUUGAUAAGUUGUCUGACCCUGACUGGCUAAAUCUUUUCAUGAUAGAAAUAUUUGGCAAAAGAAAGACGAUUGGAGAAAAGGUCCUGAAUUCAUCUUCACCCCCACUCCCUGCGGAAUUAGAGAUCACUCAGCGACAAGAGGCCACGUUGGCUCUUCAAAACAAUACUGAUGUCCCUCUGCCAAAAGCUCAAACAGAAACUGGAAAUUAUGCAGAGAUGGCCAUGCCUGAACUCAAUGUGUAUCAUCGGGAUGAGUUAGAGACUGCGGACUGUAAGGAGACUCAAUUUGAAAAUGAGACAACUCAGCUGUUCGCACGAAAUUUGAGGAGAGGAAGCAAAUCAAACCCCUUUUACCAAGAAAAUGAUUCGGAUUUGGACUCUCCAUUAGGUGACUACACACAGAGUUCCAUAGACUUGCUGGUCAUGAUUGGACAAGAGGAGGGCUUGUAUGACCAACAGAAAGAAUAUGGCACAUCUGUUGAUAGUAACAAUAGUAAUGACUUGGAUGAUCUUUGUUCCACUCAGGAAAAUGGCUCCUGUCCCCAAGGGGCGAAUUCAGAGACAUUAGAGCAUCCAUAUGACUCACUGGAAAAGAACGCAGACAGCCCUCUCAUCAGCAGCCUUCAGAACUUGGAAAGUGAAGGUAGCUUAGCUAGGGAGCUUCCUCUGGUUGUAGAACCAACUGGGAAUGCCAAUGAAGGGACUGUCAUGAUGAGCCCCAUACAAGGUUCCUCACCCUUGCCUUCAUUUAGUUUUGAGCCCCUAAGCAGCCCCGAUGGACCAAUCAUUAUCCAAAACCUUCGAAUCACUGGCACCAUCACAGCUAAGGAACACCGUGGCACCGGCUCACACCCUUACACUCUUUACACCAUCAAGUAUGAGACGGCGAUGAGUUGUGAAAACCCAGUGCACAUCCAACCAUGCUCUGAAGAUGGCAACACGUUGCACAUAGGUUUCGAAGGUUCUUCUUCCAUUCACCCAGUGGCCUAUCACAUGGUCAACAGGCGAUACAGCGAAUUUCUUAACCUACAAACACGAGUGGAAGAGAGAACAGACCUCAAGAAGCUCAUCAAAGGUGUCAAAGGGCCGAAGAAAAUAUUUCCAGACAUGCCAUUUGGAAACAUGGACAGUGACAAGAUCGAGGCUCGGAAAGGAAUGCUUGAGACCUAUCUAAAGCAUCUCUGUGCUAUUCCCGAAAUAGCCAACAGUGAACAGAUGCAAGAGUUUCUGGCUCUGAAUACAGAUGCCCGGAUUGCCUUUGUCAAGAAGCCUUUUAUUGUCUCACGCAUCGACAAGAUUGUGAUGAAUGCAAUAGUGGACACCCUGAAGACCGCUUUUCCUCAUUCAGAGCCCCAGAGCCCGACCGAAGAAAUUGAAGGCGAGGUGAUGACUGACAAAAAGAGCAAGUCACGCCUGAAAUUCUCCACUAAAAGCGCCCCAUUUAUGAAUGGCUCGGAUAUUAGACCACCUGUUUUGUUUAGCCUGGAACAGACUCACACAAUGUUUAACGGGAUGUCUUUGGGGGACCUGCAAAGUUUUAUCUCGAAACAAGAGAAACUGUCCAUGUCGCCCAUGCCAAACUGGGGGGAUAGUCCACUGGUUACACAAACGGGACAUUGCCGACAUAAAUGCUCCACUGAAAGUCAAGGUCAUGCUGAGAUGGCAUUGGCUGACGUAGCUUUGAACAUCCUGUGUCUACUCAUGAGAGAGCAGUGGAGCUGGCUUUGCACUGAGAAUAUUCAAAGGACCAUCAGGCUGCUUUUUGGGACCCUUAUUAACAGAUGGCUGGAUGUGUGUGUGGCCAACCUGACGUGUAUCAGAUACUGGGUACAUUACCUUCAGGUCAUCCAGGAGUCUGUGUGGCCAGGAGGAGUUCUGCCCACCUCCUUUGAAACAGAACGAAGUCAGAGGCAGAAGGACGACACCAAGGAGCAAGCCCUGCAUUGUCUAAUGAGUCUUAUGCCAGAUUUGAUCUCAGAUUUGCUUGACUCAAACAAAUACAAACUCAGUUGGCAGACUGUUCUUGACUCCUUCCAGGAUGCCAACAUUAACAGACACCUGGUUUACUGCCUUUGUGACAUUUUAUUGGAGUGCCUAGUCCCUGAACUACCAGAGCAAAGUUUUCAGAGGAGUUUUCUGCAGAGUCCCUCCAAGAACCCAGAGAAGCUCCUGGCAUGAGACUGGUGCCUGAUCGGAUUCUCACCAAGGGUGCUUCUACUGGUGGGACUGAACUCAAAUGUUACUGGUGGCUGUUGCCAAAGUGUUCAAACUAACUGUUCCACAUGCAUGUGUUAAUUCACCUUUGAAUAAUAUGACUUUGACCUUC